AUGAGACAAAAAUCUCGUACAGUCCAUGAUAGAGUGUAAAAUACAUUAUAAAGUGUCGAUUAUAAUGAGUGUAUAUACUAAUGUAUUCUAACUAAGAAAAAAUUUAUUGGUAAGAGUCCAAGGUAUAUCUACUUAUUUAAAAAUCACAUUUGUAUUGGAAAAGUAUGGAUAUUAUUAUAUGAGUACAGUCUCCAAAGGUGCAAAUUCCUGAGAGAUAAUUUGUAAUAAAUACAGAUACUCGUAUUUAGUGGCUAUAUUCAAAAAAUAUGUUAAAAUCAAUAAUUUUUUAAGUUGGAAACUAAUCAUAUGAAUAUUUUGGAAGCAACGAAUAAUUGAGAGAAAUAAAAUUAAAAUUUGCUCUAUAUGCAUUUCAAAUGAAAAUAUAGGAUGAAUAUUAAGCUGAAUCAAUUUUAGGCAAGGGUUCCUAUGCUACAGUACUUGAAUUAACUAAUUUGUAUAAUCAUCAAUAAUAUGCAGCUAAAUGCAUAGAUUAAUAAAAAAUAAAUGAAAAAAAAAAUGGAUAUCGUCAAUUAAUGUAGGAGAUAGAAACUAUGCGUAUUCUCUCUGAACAUAAACAUUAGAAUAUUCUAUAAUUAAAUGAAUUAUAUAUAGGAAAUCAGAAUUAUUACUUAGUAAUGGAAUUAGCCAAAGGAGGUUCAUUAUUAUCAUUAAUGAAAAAGAGAUCAACAUUAUUUAGUAGAAAUGAUAUAAGGAUAAUUAUGAGAUAAUUAUUGGAAGGAUUGGCAUUUAUUCAUACAUUUAAUAUAAUGCAUAGAGAUUUAAAACCAGAAAACAUUUUAUUUAUGUCAAAAGAUUUAGAAUCACUUAAAAUAGCAGAUUUUGGAUUAGCUUAAUUUUGUGAUUAACAUCCAUAUACUUAUCCUAAAUGUGGUACUCCUGGUUUUGUAGCUCCUGAAAUAUUAGAAUAAGAUACUGAAUUUGCUAGAUAUACUACUGUAUGUGAUAUAUUUAGUGCUGGUGUUAUACUUUAUGUUUUGUAUUUAAUUAUCCUAAUUUAGAUUAGUUGGAGAACCAUUAUUUGAAAAAAAAGAUAAAAGAGAAUAAUUAGAAUUAAAUAGAAGAUGUGAAAUUAAUUUUUAAAGAUUCUCACAGGAUUAAUUGGAUGAUAUUGAAAGAGAUUUGAUGUCUAAAAUGUUAAACAAAAAUCCAAAUCAUAGAUGGAAAGCAAAUGAAUUACUUAAACAUAAAUUCUUUAUUCCUUCUGAUGAUUAAAUUGAAAAUGAAAUUGAUUAUCCUAAAUAACUUAAUAUGGCUAUGUAAUAUAAAUAUAUAUUAUUAUCAUUUUUAGACUUUAAAAAUCAGCUAUGCCUACAUUUUCUAAAAAUCCAUUCAUGUAAUCAGUUAAUAGAGAUAAAGCAUUAACAACUAGAGAUAAAACAUUCACUAUUAGAGAACAAAGUUAAACACUUCUUACUAGACCUAAAAAUUGUACACUUGUUAUGUAAACCAAUCUACAUUUUGAUAAAUCCUCCUAAGAAUAAAUUAAUCCACUUGAAAAACUUACCAAUUUUAUUGGCUCUUUCAAUUUAAUUAAGGAUGAAAUAAAUUAAUGAAAUUUAUAUAUUAUUAUUUAUUAAAAC